AUGAUUCCAGAUGGAGUGACACCCUACCAGGACCCGACUGACUCGGAGUCGGGGUAUAAUGAGAAGAAGAUUCUAGAGGAGAGGCCACAGUAUCAGGAUGCCUUUGGAGAUGAGGAGGGUGCCGAGGUUAAGUAUAAGACUAUGAAGUGGUGGCAAACGGGAAUGUUCAUGAUCGCCGAAUCCGUCUCUCUCGGAGUCUUGUCCCUGCCCAAGACCCUCGCCCAGCUAGGCCUUGCCCCAGCUCUCAUCCUGAUCGUCGGACUGGGCAUUCUCGCUACCUACACCGGAUACACAAUCUACCAAUUCCGCAACCGAUACCCCCAUAUCCAGAAUUUAGCCGAUGCCGGCGAGGUCUUGUUAGGUGCUUUUGGACGCGAGCUGUUCGGCCUCGGCCAGCUGCUCUUCUCGAUUUUCAUUAUGGCUUCCCACAUCUUGACUUUCAGCGUCAUGAUGAAUACCGUUACCGAACACGGCACUUGCACGAUGGUUUUCACAGCUGUUGGAUUCGUCAUCUGUUUCGUCUGCUCUUUACCUCGUACUAUGAAGAACAUGACCUAUAUCUCGUGCAUGUCCUUUAUCAGUAUCGUCACUGCUGUCAUCAUCACUAUGGUCGCAGUCGGGGUGCAGAACAAGGGUGGUCAGAAUCUCAAGGCUACCGUCGACACCGAUUUGGUCCAGGCUUUCGGCGCCGUCACCAACAUCGUCUUCGCCUACUGCGCCCACGUGGCUUUCUUCGGUCUGCUCGCUGAGAUGGAGGAACCGAGGGAUUUCCCCAAGGCUCUGGUCAUGCUGCAGACCUUUGAAAUUGUCUUCUACGUCGUUGCUGCGGUGGUCAUCUACUACUAUGUCGGCCAGGAGGUCACAUCCCCCGCUCUUGGAUCCGCAGGUCCUAUCAUGAAAAAGGUGGCUUACGGAAUCGCCAUCCCAACUAUUAUCGGUGCCGGCGUCGUCAACGGCCACAUCGGUCUGAAGUACAUCUACGUGCGCAUGUUCCGAGGCACCGACCGCAUGCAGAAGCGUGACUUGGUUGCCAUUGGUUCCUGGGUAGGCAUUGGUCUUGCUUGCUGGGUUAUUGCCUGGGUUAUUGCCGAUGCCAUUCCCGUCUUCAGUGAUUUGCUGAGUUUGAUUAGCUCGCUGUUCGCGAGUUGGUUCAGUUAUGGUCUGGGUGGUGUGUAUUGGUUGUUCAUUAAUAAGGGCAAGUGGUUCUCUUCGCCGCGGAAGAUUGCUCUCACUGUUGUGAACUUGUGCGUUAUUCUGAUUGGUGGUUGUAUGUGUGGUCUUGGCCUUUAUGUUUCCGGCAAGGCUAUUCAUGAUGACUCUUCUAAUGACAGCUUCUCUUGCGGUAAUAAUGCUGCGGUCUAG